AUGGACAACGUCCAAGAAUUCUGCCCCUUCAAGACCACGGUGCAUUACUACAGCAGCACCAAGUGCACGGCUCGCGUCGACGUGAUGGCCGACGGGUCGUACGAGAACGCUGUGCCUCAGACGUGUGUGCGUCAGAGCUCUGAAGGCGCGACCCAGGCGACGGCAGAUUAUGGACUAGCGUCCGCGGUGGUGGUCGUCGUUGAAGACAUGAAGGCUGAAUUUGACGCGCUUGCGUUAUCCAACUUGACGCUAGUGCCGUCAAAGAUCUGGGAACUCGUGAUCAGCCGCGUCUACCGUACCCGCAACGCCCACUUUGGCUCGAACAUCUACGGACGUGUUGAAGUGCCUCCGGUGUCCAUGACCAAGACAGGAGAUGCAAUGUUUUUCCAGUUCCACUACACCUACGUGGACGACGCCAGACGGCGCUCUACAUCGAUGGUGCCUUCCCACUGUGUCAAACGCCCGUUCUACCAGUGUAUCGCCAUCAUGGUACUCGACCGCGGGUCCAAGUGCUUCGUCCCCUGCCUGCACUGCCUCACGACCAACAAGUCUGAAUGGACUUACUGGAGCACCCUCCACUGCGUGCAAGCGACCACUAGGAUUACGAUGGACGUCGGUAUUGUGUCGUGCGACUUUGAGAAGGGUCUCAUCAAUGCUGUGGGGGAUCAGUUCCCGGAGGCCGACAUCAUCGGCUGCCUCUUCCAUUUCAAGCAAGCCAUUCGACGCAAGAUGCAGAAGCUCCAUAUUCCGCUACGAGAUGAUGGCACGUGGAAUGCUGACCGUGAUCCCCCACGAUCGCAUCGACCCCCAUGGUAUCGCCUACGCGACGAAGAAGUUCAAGAUGGCUCUACGUGUGAAGGGAACAUCUUUGUCAUUCAGCGCACGGUUGUGAACCGUACCAACAAUCCGCUGGAACGCUACAACCGCCAGCUGAACAGCGCGUUCUCCACGAGCCACCCCAACAUCCCCACGUUGGUUGGUGUCAUUGAAGCGCACGCCGCGCGCUACGUCACUUUGUUGGAGGACAUCGCUCGCAGGCGCUGCAGCUUGCUGCGCAUGCCUGGCGGCUCGGGCAGCAAGCUGCAGCCCGUGGGCGCCUCUGUGACAGCAGCGCUGCGCAGAGGACGCACUGUAGGCACGUAG